AUGCUUCGAAACAAGGCCACACUGCCUGCGCUGCAGAAAACCUACGAUGAGAGCUACUUGACCUGUUCUACCGCUGUGUACUAUGAGGGCCAGGGCAACGAGAAAGAGGCGAUGCGCUGCUGGAAAUCAGCUCUCAGCAAUAUAUAUGAUCACAAUGCCAAUAAGGUGCCAGCCACCUACGACCCCAGAUCCGAGACCGAGAGGGCGCUGGUCGAGAGCCUGAAGAAGCUCGAGUUACAGUGCAAAGAGCGCAUCGAUCUUCUGGAAGCCCUGAGAGUGUCCCGUCAAGAAGACGCCAUCAAUACCCCGAGAACACCAUCGAACGGAAAAUUAGUUGAAUACAUAGAGCCUUCGGACCUGGAACCGCGUAAAAGCACUCCAGGAAAGGGAUGGAUAGGCGACGGAACGAUCCCGGCUAUCACCUAUCCCGAGCUAUCACGGCCAGCUUUGCCGCCGCGACCGAGCCUGAACACUAGGACGUCCUCUGAACAGGCCGUAGUGGGAGGCAGGCGUACCAGCACUGAGGUUGGGGGCUCGUCCUCGGUGUCGCGGCCGUCAGGCCGUUACACUCCCUCUUCCAGCAGGAGGGCCUCACGUUCACCGAGCCCCGAGAAGUACACAAUGAGGACCACACUGCGCUCAAACAAGUCUGGUGAGAGAUCGGCCAAGUCUUCCCGUCGCCCGUUGCCCAAGACUACCGAUGAACCUGGGGCGAGCAGGGCUGCCACACUUGCCUGGGGCGCUCUCGGCACACGAAACAAAUCCUCUCUUGGGCGCGACGCGGACACCUCUGCGGGUCAGAGCACGAGUCUCCCGCCCUUAGACGCCACUGCGCAUAGCUCGAGGAGACCAGACACGACUUCGCCGACCCGGCAAUGGGACAGCCACUCUCGGAGACUAGUUAGACACAAGGACGAAGAGGCCGGGGCGGCAGGGAAGAGACGUAGCACCGAGCUGUUGGACACGGCGCCUUUCUCGGAAGACCUAGUCGGUUUCGAGCCGUCCGCUCUCUCCGUCAACGCAGCGUCGAGUGCCCUGAAUGGGUCGCCUGGGCCCGAAUAUCGCGAGCAUGAGCGAUCAUCGCGGCAUAGACUGGAUCGGACAGCGAGAUUGCAGGCCAAACUGUUACGAGGCGAUCAGGAUCACACACAAAGCCGGUCUCACAGCAAGAACGGGAGCAGUGCAAGCCUCCCCACGCGUCCUAAAGCGGGCCAUGCAGAAAGAGAGCGCGUUUCCAGCUCUAGCUGGGCGACCAGUGCAAAGGCCGCCUCGAUCCGGAAGUCAGCAUCCGACUCGAGCCUAGAAGGUAGUGAUUCUGGGUUCGCGUCCUCGCGUCCGAAAAGACGAGUGUCGCAAAAGGAACGAGCCCUGACUGCUAACUCCAGAAGUCAUUCGCGGUCGAAUUCAAGGUCGAAUUCUAGAAACAACUCGGGGGAAUCAGGCGGGGACGAUGCCGCGCCAGAGAGGUCAUGGAAGAAGAGGAAGGCGGAAGUGAUGAAGAACCUGCCUCCGGGGGUGGACAAGACUGCUGCUAAACAGAUAUUGAACGAGAUCGUGGUGCGCGGGGACGAGGUGCACUGGAGUGAUAUUGCUGGGCUUGAAGUGGCAAAGAGCGCGCUGCGCGAAGCUGUUGUAUACCCUUUCUUGCGGCCGGAUCUCUUUAUGGGGCUUCGGGAACCCGCAAGAGGCAUGCUGUUGUUCGGGCCUCCUGGGACGGGGAAGACGAUGCUUGCGCGGGCCGUUGCUACAGAGUCCAGGUCGACCUUCUUCUCCAUCUCGGCGAGCAGUCUGACGAGCAAGUACCUGGGAGAGUCAGAGAAGCUGGUCCGGGCCCUGUUCGGGCUGGCCAAGGUCCUGGCGCCCAGCAUAAUCUUUGUCGACGAGAUCGACUCGCUGCUCUCGCAGCGGUCGGGCUCCGGGGAGCACGAGGCGACAAGGAGGAUCAAGACCGAGUUUCUGAUACAAUGGAGCGACCUGCAGCGGGCCGCAGCCGGUCGGGACUCUGGGGAUAAGGAGCGUGGCGAUGCGAACCGGGUCCUAGUGCUUGCAGCGACAAACCUCCCUUGGGCCAUCGACGAAGCUGCACGCCGGAGAUUCGUCAGGCGGCAGUACAUUCCUCUGCCCGAGUCGGAGACCAGAGCCAUCCAGUUGAAGACCUUGCUAGGGCAGCAGAAACACAGCCUGACAGACGAGGACUUCGUGAAGCUCGUCGAGCUGACUGAUGGCUAUUCGGGAUCUGACAUUACUGCGCUGGCCAAGGACGCUGCUAUGGGCCCCUUGAGAUCCCUUGGCGAAGCAUUGCUGCACAUGACCAUGGAUGAAAUACGACACAUCGCGUUGGAAGAUUUUGUUUCUAGCCUCGCAAACAUACGGCCCAGUGUGAGCAAAGCUGGCCUCAAGGAGCACGAGGACUGGGCGACAGAGUUUGGGGAGCGAGGGGGUUGA